AUGUGUCCCCGAGCCGCGCGAGCGCCCGCGCCGCUGCUCCUGGCGCUGGGCGCGCUGCUGUGGCCCGCGGCCGGCGCCUGGGAGCUCACGAUCCUGCACACCAACGACGUGCACAGCCGGCUGGAGCAGACCAACGCCGACUCGAGCAAGUGCGUCAACGCCAGCCUGUGUGUGGGCGGCGUGGCUCGGCUCUUUACCAAGGUGCAGCAGAUCCGCCACUCCGAGCCCAACGUGCUGCUGCUAGACGCCGGAGACCAAUACCAGGGCACCAUCUGGUUCACCGUGUACAAAGGCACCGAGGUGGCGCACUUCAUGAACGCCCUGCGCUACGAUGCCAUGGCACUGGGAAAUCAUGAAUUUGAUAAUGGUGUAGACGGACUGAUUGAUCCACUCCUCAAAGAGGCCAAAUUUCCAAUUCUGAGUGCAAACAUUAAAGCAAAGGGGCCGCUAGCAUCUCAAAUAUCAGGACUUUAUUUGCCGUAUAAAAUUAUUUCUGUUGGUAAUGAAGUCGUGGGAAUUGUUGGAUAUACUUCAAAAGAAACCCCUUUGCUCUCAAAUCCAGGAACAAAUUUAGUAUUUGAAGAUGAAAUCACUGCAUUGCAACCUGAAGUAGAUAAGCUAAAAACUCUAAAUGUGAACAAAAUUAUUGCACUGGGACACUCUGGCUUUGAAAUGGAUAAACUCAUCGCUCAGAAAGUGAAGGGUGUGGAUGUCGUGGUGGGAGGACACUCCAACACGUUUCUUUAUACAGGCAAUCCACCUUCCAAAGAAGUGCCUGCUGGGAAGUACCCAUUCAUAGUGACCUCCGAUGAUGGGCGGAAGGUUCCUGUGGUCCAGGCCUAUGCUUUUGGCAAGUACCUAGGCUAUUUGAAGGUCAUGUUUGAUGAAAAAGGAAAUGUAAUCACUUCACAUGGAAACCCCAUCCUUCUAAACAGCAGCAUUCCUGAAGAUCCAACCAUAAAAGCAGACAUUAACAAAUGGAGAAUAAAAUUAGAUAAUUUUUCUACCCAGGAAUUGGGGAAAACAAUUGUCUAUCUCGAUGGCACCACUCAAUCAUGCCGCUUUAAAGAAUGCAACAUGGGCAACCUGAUUUGUGAUGCUAUGAUUAACAACAACCUUAGACACUCGGAUGAAGUCAUCUGGAACCAUGUGUCCAUGUGCAUUUUAAAUGGAGGUGGUAUCCGGUCACCCAUCAAUGAGCAGAACAACAAUGGCACAAUUACCUGGGAGAGCCUGGCUGCUGUGUUGCCCUUUGGAGGCACAUUUGACCUGGUCCAAUUGAAAGGCUCCACCCUGAAGAAGGCCUUUGAGCACAGCGUGUACCGCUAUGGCCAGUCCACUGGAGAGUUCCUGCAGGUAGGCGGAAUCCAUGUGGUAUAUGAUCUUUCCAGAAAACCUGGAGACAGAGUGGUCAAAUUAGAUGUUCUUUGCACCAAGUGUCGAGUGCCCAGUUACAACCCUCUCAAAAUGGAUGAGGUAUAUAAGGUGAUCCUCCCGAGCUUCCUGGCCAAGGGUGGAGAUGGAUUCCAGAUGAUAAAAGACGAACUAUUAAAACAUGACUCUGGUGACCAAGAUAUCAACGUGGUUUCUGAAUACAUCCUAAAAAUGAAAGUAAUUUAUCCAGCAGUUGAAGGUCGGAUCAAAUUUUCUGCAGGAAGUCAUUGCCAUGGAAGCUUUUCUUUAAUAUUUCUUUCAUUUUUGGUAGUGAUCCUUGUUUUAUAGCAAUAGCCAAAAAUUUCCUUCCCAUUACUGUGUGAAACUGCAUUUUUUUCAAGUGAGAGUCAAACCUAUCUUUUAGGUCCUGGCUUUGUUACAGCACAGACCAUCCUCGCAGGCUCCUAGAAGCUGAAGCUUAGAGCAUUAUAAAAAGAAGACACUGACAUCAUCACUCAGGGUCAGCAACUUUGUGAACAGAGAGAAAAAGAAAUUAAAAUAGGGCCCUAAGAGAAGAAAGCCAACCAUAUUUAGUUUACAUAUCCAAAUUAUAAUACAAUUUUACUAAGGAUUUUAAACCAGAUAAAUCAUUUUUCUCCUUUACAUCCACUUCUAAUCCAUCAAUUUAUGUUUCCAGAGAACUUUAUCAUUUACAAGAGGGUUUAAGCAUAUUGUCUCAUCUGAUACCCACAAUUUUCUUUGAUGGGUAAGACAUGUGUUUUUUCCCAUUUGACAGAUGAGGAAACUGAAGCUCAGAAAGUGCUCACUUGUUUAAGGACAUAUAGCUAAUAGUAACAGAUCCGAGACCUAGACCUAAGUCUUUUGACCUCAAGCCCAGCAUUCUUUCAACUACAUCGUUACUGUUCAGAAUGAUUCUCUCUUAACUAUCAGUGGCCCCACGCUCAUGGAUUCCAAGUCUGCUUUAUUUUUGGUUUCCAUUUUUUUCCUUUUCAGUUCCUAUUUUAAUAAUGAGUUUAAUGGACUAAAAACACAGGGUGGCAUUCUCUCUUGCAUCACCAUGUGCCUUUGAUGAGUGAGGGAACAAACAGUAGCAAAUAACAGAGAGACAGCAAAAGGCAGUCAAGCAGCAGGGGAGAAAGGGAAGGGAAGAACAGGACACCAGGACUGAUUUACGUUGUAGAAGAGAAAGAGCUAAAGGGCAUUUAGAUGUGUUAAAUAGAUAUUUGCUAAGGAGUAGCAGCAAGGUGCCUAACAUAUGGCAUUAGCUGUUAUUAAUUGUAUGAGACUACAUCAGCUCUGCCUCUGUGCUCUGUCCUUCCUUCUAACAUGAAGGUAUCAUGAGAAAAGAACCUUCUAAGAUGAGCUCUAAUUCUAAACCUGCACCUGUUCCUCCCUAGCAAGAUGCCAGCAUUGCACUUAUUCUAGUCACACCACACACACCCCCAGUUAUAGAAAAUCCAGAAUUCCGAAAGACAAGAGUUACUUCUAAAAAAUGGUGUACAUAAGAUGUUUGAAGUCACUCCACCUCCAAAUCUGACCAAUCACUAUACGUCAUUUUGUAUUCUCUAUAUAAGAACUCUUGCUGGGGAGUGGGCCUUUGAGUGGGUACUCAGGAAAUACCCAUACUGAUGAAAUGAUUUAUGCCCAAAAAACAAAUACUUGCUUAAGGUGGCAGUGGGACCAUUUGAGCCUGCUCAGCUUUACCUAAGUAAUUGAACAAGAAAUGGGAAACUUCACCUUAAAAAUAGUGAGCAAACAGCAGCUAGAGGUUUGGAAAGGAAAUAUGUUUCUUAGUGUUUACAAAUAUUAAAUACUCUUAAUACAAAAUAUACUUUUAAACUUCAUGACCUUUUUAUAAAGGUUGUUGCAGUAAAAUAAUAUCCCCAGUUCUAUGCAUAUACAGAUUAGCUAUAAAUAAACAAAUAAAUGACAAUAAUAUUGUAUGAGGAAAAUUAGAGAAACAUGCAUUUGGGGUAUAUUAUUUAUGCUUGGCCAGUAAAACAGGAUAAAUUCUAUUACAGCACAAUAUUUUAAAGAACUUUUUUGUAAGUUUUCUAAAUAUGUGUGAAUGCAUUGUAUAGUGGUAUGAGAAAUGACCCUGAACCACUCUGCAACUAUAGAUU